CUCUACCUGCAGGACGUGACUGAUCAGAUGUCACUGCGCUACCCGCGUCUCUACAUUCCCGGCCACCUGAACCUGUUCUUCAACAAGAAGGUGUUCAUACAGAGCGUGCUGAAGGGCAUCCUCUCUUCCGUCGUGCUCUUCUUCGUGCCGUACGGCGCGCUGCGCAACGCCGUGCACGCGACCGACCGACACGUCGACCUGACGAGCCACCAGGCCCUCGGCUUUGUCGUCUCCACGACGCUCAUCCUAGCUGUCAACCUACAGAUCGCGUUCGACACGUCUUACUGGACGGGCUUCAAUCACUUCGUCAUCUGGGGCUCGAUCAGCUUCUACUUCGGCUUUCAGUUCCUACUGUACAGCGACUUCAUCGGCGCAGCGUACACGGGCGUGGCGCGCGCGACUAUCGGCAGCGCGAUCACGUGGUUCACGAUCAUCGUCACCGUCGUUGUGCUCAUGCUUCCCAUCGUCGCGUACAGGUUCUUCUACAUCGACACGCGUCCGACGCUCAGCGACCGCGUGCGCCUCAAGCAGCGCUACAGCCGCCUCAGCAAGUCGAGGACGAGCGAGCACGCGCUGCGUCCCUCCAGCGCGCUGCGCCGCAGCCGCCGCUCGCUGCGCUCCGGCUACGCGUUCGCUCACCAGGAGGGCUUCGGGCGGCUCAUCACGAGCGGCGCGAACAUGCGCAAGACCGAGAGCAACCCGACGCUGCGGCGCGGCAACGCGGGGGCGGCGGCGGCGGGGGCGAAGUCGGAGAGCGCGAUCCAGUCACAGCAGCGGGAGGCGGCGGCGGCGGCGGCGGCGGGGGUCGCGAUGCCGAAGGUUAUCAAUGAUCUCAUGUCAUUUUAUGUCUUGGGAAUCUCGAUAGGGGAAGUUUUAGUGAGCGUGCUCGUACUAACUGUCAACUGA